GGAACCGGCGGUACUGGAUUUGAUGCCCGCCCAUCUCCGUCCAAACUUUCAGCACUCUCGAUUCAACGGUUUGUCCCGACGGUCAACGUAGCAAUGCCAUCAAGUCCCAAAUACAUCGACGCCGACAGCCUAGCCGCCCUCCUACGGGACCCUACGCUGCAGAUCGGUAAAGACUUUGUCGUCGUAGAUGUCCGAGGGGACGAUUUCGCAAACGGAAACAUAAGAGGAGCAGUCAACGUCCCAUCACACGAAUUCCUCGAAGACCCGGCCGCAUACGUUGAGAAGUUCAAGGACGUGCCGAAGGUUGUGUUUCACUGUGCGCUAUCACAAGUCCGAGGACCAAAGUGCGCACAACGGUAUGCGCAAGCGCUUGAAGACGGCGUAGCGAAAGCAGCAAUCGACGGCUCUCUACCGUCCGAGGUGCUGAUUCUUCGUGGCGGAUUUGAGAAUUGGCAGAGUGGACCUACGAGAAGGGACCUGAUAGAAAGCUAUAACGAGGAGUUUUGGAAGAAUCCGUAUUUCUGAGCGACGGCGUUCGAACACUCGU